UCCGGUCUCGUCGAAGAAAGCCCUCGGCGUAACACAUUUGCACGUUACCAACUGUUAUUUUCCUAAAAUAAUAUAAAUUGUUUUUACUGAAUAUUGCCGUACAAGAGAUAUGAAUGACGACCACUUCGUUAUCUCUCGAGGUCCUGGCACUUUUGUUCCUGACCCUAAUACCUUGGCCGGGGCCUUCAGUGUUCAAGAUCAGCUGCUCUCGUGACAACUCCAAAAUCGUAAGAAAAGUCAUACAGAACAAAUGGCUUCCCGUCUUGGAGAGAUUCCAGGUAAAACUACCAUUAGAAUGUCCAUUCCACCCCGCGCGAGACAUAUUCGCGCCUCAGCACGCAGCCAAGAUGCAACACCGACCAUCGCAAUGGACGUGCGCUUUCUGUGGAAAAUCCUUUUACGAAGAACGACAUCUAGACGCACACUUUGACCACCGACACAAAAAUCAGAUCAACAAGGCAGAAGACGCAGUUUGUCUAGCUGACUACUGUGAUAUUUUGCGGUGUCAAGUUUUGGUCGCACACGGACUACUAAACGGUGGCGACGGACCUGGCACCGACAUUGAGGUGUGGCAGGACGUGGAAUCCAUAAAGAAGGCCUUAGCACCGGCAGCAACCCGGAGUGUGGCGCGGGUGGCGCCUCGCCGUAGACAUCGCCCUCGUUCAACGCCUCUUCCUGUACCUGAUUGCCCCAAGACUGACCUUGAAAACGAUGAGCCAGAAUCCGAUGAAAAAAAGACAGAAGACAGCGAAACGGAUGUGAAUCAAACCGCUGAAUUAUGUGACGCAGACACCGUAGAGUCCUCUCUUCCACCGGACAGCAGACAGAAACGGUUGGCAGACUUGCAGGCGGAGCGCGCGGCUUGCGAUCCCACGAGACUUCAAAUAUUAAAGAUACGAUGUGAGAAAAUAGUUCAUUCUUGUAUAGCGACGUUGUUAUUAAAUCUGACUCAACAUCAGUUUACUGAAUUGGAAGAAGAGAUGCAACGUGCAGUGUGUUGGUACUUGAGCUGUGACCGGUACUGGGAGGACACCGCGCCAACGGCUCGAGCGUUCCCUUGGCCGCUACUGUUGGCGCUCGCGACAGGCCUCGCUUUGGCUUUGUGUAUGUGUUACUACAUCAUCUGGAUAGUGUUCGAUUCCGAGGAGGGUAGUGUGGCGGGAAGCGCCUCCGUUUCUAUGACGACGCAUUCGUCGCCGACUCGGGGGGAGCGGAUGGGAACAGAAGACGGCAUGCUGGAUGAUCCCGACCAUGACGACCAUUACAUAUACGUUACUUACCCGCCUGAACUAAAGCGGAGGCUACUUGAGAGCUGCUACAAUAGAACGACGCGCCUUUGAGUUCAACGUCCGAAAUGUCACGCAUGAUGUUGGUACACCCAUAGAUAAUAAAAGUCUUAGAGGCAAAAACGGACCCAGAUGUAGUGUCAUUUUCUUUUACUACAAUUUACGAUUAAACGAAUGAUUUAAAUAAAAAAUAUAUUGUAAUAUAGGAUAGAGUUGUUCUUUUUUCUUUUUCAUAUAUCGAUAAAUUGGUUAACACUGAUUUACGUAAUAAUUAUCGACAUUAGAUAUCGAAUACCGAACACUCGAUUUUUGUAAAUUAAAAGUAAAUUUAAUAUUUGUUGAAUAAUUAUAAUUGAUGUAAAAAACGCAAUCAAAAUGGAAAAUCAAACGUUAUGCUUCCAAUGUCGACAUUUAUUCUGUGUGCACAUUACGUUGUCCUUGACCAUGGACGCGUCAUGUUUAGGCGGUAUAGGUACUAACUGUAAGUCUAUGGUGGAUGCAGUUCUAAAAAAACAUCUAGCGUAGAUGUCCCACGACAAACUUGGCGCGUCUUUUAAAUACAUCAGGACGCUACACCAGGCGUAUCUGGGAACAAUACGGAGCGCGAAGUGUUUAUCAUAUAAAAAUUAUCACAAAUUAGCGAAAGUUUAAAGUCGUCACUUGCGCUGAUAUGAAUACGAAUUAUAAAAUGUUCUUUUGUUGUUCCAAAUGUUCCAAAAUUUGAAAAUAUGACAUGGAAUGUAUAUUAUUUACGAAAUAAUUUAAUCGGAAUCAUCAACUACUUAUAAAAUAACAUAAAAGUUUUUAAUAAUGUUAGCUUAAAAACUCAAGUUUUUUUUGUGCCUGGUUUAUUUGAUUGUAGAUAUGUAUACUGUCUAUGAUGGUAGCCUUACUGUAGAUUCUGUUUUUUUAGUAACAUAGUUUGAGUAAUGUAGUUAUUUACCAAUGUUAAUCUUAGAUCUUUCUUGAAAUCACGUUUU